AUGGCGGACCCUCUUUCCAUCUCAGCGAGCAUCGCUGGGUUAGUUGCUCUUGCCGAUCUCGUCUUUCGAUCAGGCACCAAAUACGUCAAGAGCUACAGAGGCGCCCCAACAGAGGUUGAAAACCUCAUGCGCGAAGUCAGAAGUCUCUCUGUCAUCUUGCACAACCUUUCACUUGUCGCUUUUGACCUAGAAGAAACUGAACCACCCGAAACAACUGCUGCUGUUCACGAGCCGCCGCCUACUCUUCAACCGCAUUAUCUCCGCGAUUGCCACCAGCUGCUGAGACGCUUGGAGACAGGUCUUUCACAUACAGAGGCUUCCCUGGGCUCGGGUUCUAGGCGCCAAAGACUGCAAGCUCGACUGAAAUGGCCUUUCACUUCAACCGAGUCCAGGGACAUAAUCCAGGAUAUACAGCGCUACAACCAGAUCAUCCACGCAGCUCUUACCGCCGACUCUCUAGCCAAGCUCAAACAUUGCUUAUCCCGACAAAUCGAAAUGAAGGAUGGCCUUGAAAAGAUCAAUCGCACCGCUGAAAAGAUCUUGGAUAUACAAGUCAAGAUUGCCCUCGAUACCAAAAGGAAUCAAGUUCUCAAAGAUUUUGGCCAAUUCAAUCCUCGGGGUGAAUACGAGACGAACAAUAGACUACGGCAUGACCUUACCGGCCUCUGGCUCACGCAAGGUCCAGAGUUUGACUGCUGGUACUCGACUCCAGCUUCAAGGCUCUGGUGUAGUGGUAUACCUGGUGCUGGGAAGUCUGUCCUUUCUGCAGCCGUGAUUAAGGAGUGUUUGCAUAGAAACGCUCAUGAUGCACACAAAGCAAUAGCUUACUUCUUCUGCACCUAUAGACAUGAGCGCUCCCAGCAUAUGGUCAACAUUCUUUCUUCCCUUUGCACACAACUUGCCCUGCAGAGCGAAAAAGCUUUCCGUAUCUUACAGGAGUAUCACGACCAACUGUUCUCAAGUCAUCACCUCUGUACAAAGCCCACCGCCGAAAUGCUCACACAGAUACUACAUCGUAUCUGUGCUUGCUUUGCCCGCGUCUAUAUUAUCGUCGAUGGUAUCGAUGAGUGUGACAAUCGAGUCGAAGCAAAUGUAAAGUGCUUGGCCGAGCUUGCGCUGUCACAAGGGGACGAUGUUGUCAACAUGGCAUUAUUUAGCCGGGACGAGAGCAUUAUACGCACGCGUUUAGAAAAAGAUUUUUCUCAUGUCGAAAUUGAGGCUCAUACUGAGGACCUGCAACUCUAUGUCGCCUCGGAACUUAACGAAAAGAUUGCUUCAAACCGGCUGAGGCUUCGUGACCCAACUCUGAAAGACCUCAUUAUGACUAGAUUGGUUGGGGAAGCUAAAGGGAUGUUUCGCUGGGUAGCCUGCCAACUGGACUACAUGUGUGAACUCCCAACAGACAGAGCUCGACGUGAGGCCUUGAGCAAGCUUCCCCCUUCUCUCUAUGCAACUUAUGACCGGAUCUUGCUAAGAAUCGAUGGUUGUAAUGAUGCGAUCAAACGACUGGUCAAGGGAACGCUAUUAAUGCUCGCGACGUCUAUCUCCUCACUCUGUUUUGAAGAAAUCUGCGAGGCCAUUUCCUUGGAAGACGGCGCAACAACUCUAGAAGAUGAUGAGAUUGUAGAGGAAGAAGAAUUGCUUCGGUGGUGCAGUAGCCUUGUUCGAGUCAACAAAUCCGGCUCCUUCGCCAAUGGCAGAAGAAUUCAGUUUGCACACUUUACAGUCCAAGAAUAUCUUCUGUCCUUGAAGACUCGCAAUUCGGAUCAUCAAUACUCAAAGCUCAGAGAAUACGCUGUAUCGCGCGUAGAUGGUAUAGCCUUCUUUUCUUUCCUUUGUUUACGUUUCCUCACUAUGGAGGACAUGGAGCGAUUUCCGCCUACCCCCGACAUAACACGUAGUAUCGGGGACAUGAUUGCUCGGCGCAGACGCAGAACCUUUUACUGCAAAUCGGUAUUGACUUGGACGCCAUAUACAACGCCAUUGUCAAAUAUGGAAGAUAGGACACAUAGGCUCGUGCGGAAGCUCUUCCAACCAUCCAAAACGCCCACCUUCUGUCUGUGGGCAAUUGACUUCAUAUUCAGUCAUCACCCCUCGUCUUCAACAAACGGCUCUUCUGAGUCAAGAAGGGUUCUAUCGCAAGUUAUUACUGUAGUUCUCAGACCUGAAUUCACCCCUCUUCACAUGGCAGCUGCAUUCAGUAUGUACAACAUAUGUCAAGAGUUGCUGGAAAGUGGCUCUGAUGUGCUGGCAUGCAGCAGGUUCGGCACUCCAUUGCACUGUUCCCUUGGCGGUCGAGGUUUCUUUUACAGUUUUCUGAACUUAAGAAGCAAUGAUAUCAUAUCCGGUGGUCCCAUUACUGGUCGAAUGGUUUUCCAUGGUGCGCACCUGGCUCGGCUACAAACAGUCCAAUUGUUGCUGAAAGCUUCAGCCUUACCCUUGACAUCCUCAUUAUCAUCAGAAACUAUCAUAUCCCUCACUUUAUCAUGUCCUGACAUAUUUACCAACAAUGUUCAACUUAUCAUCGAGCUUCUUAGGGCUGGUGUGUCAAUCACGGCUCACGAUGUGCAACUCUUCAGGACUCGUUAUGAUCGGUGCCUGGAGAUGCCUUGUUUCACAUCGGAGACCUCUCAGUCGUGGUCUAUCUUUCCCCGAUUACUCGAGGUCCUUGGCGAAAGCAACACGCCAGGCUGCCCUAGAUUUCUUCUUCACCAGGAGACCGCAGACUUCAUCUUAAGAACAAGGGAAAGAAGACCAUUCCAGUCCUCAGAUAGGCAGUUUCCAGAUGGAGCCAGUAACGAAGAGGUCCUAAAAUACUUCCAUUCGCUGAUCAGAUUGAACGAUAAAAUUGGGGUGAGCGCUUUCCUUACCACUCCGAAAGCUGAAUUGGCAAAGUCGACAGACAUUGAUCCCAAGCGCCCUGGCUGGAAUGCUCUUCACCUUGCAUUACUUGAGAGAUCUUAUCGAGUGCUGGAUCCAUUGUUAACCUUUGGCCUGGAUCCGUGUGCUGAAAGUCCAGAAGGUUCCAAGCCAGUUCAUAUGUGCUGUCAGGAUAACACCUGUGAGGCUCUUCAAAUCUUACUGCGCUUUGGUGGAUCAAUUCUCGACACCGAUAACGUGGGCAGGACCGUAUGGCAUUUAGCUGCAGAGAUGAACUCCGUGAUGGUUCUGCAGGAAUUACUUAACUUAGGCGACGUUGAUGUUGCGCUCAAAAACGGAAGAACACUCUCUGCCAUUGUAUAUGAACCCAGAUUCUUCGGGGUCAUUCAAUCCCUACACGGAUUCGGCAUCUUGUCAAAAACACCAUGUGGCAUACAUGCUCUGGCAUGUGCAUUCUAUCGGGCUAUUCUCUUUGAUGACGUCCAGACUUGCGAGAAGCUUUACGGUCUCGGCUGCCCUUUGGAGUGUGAGCUGCCCUUUCCUGUGCUUGUGACGCCAUUGGCUCUGGCCAUAUUCCGAGAUUCUUACAAGGUGAUGAUGUGGCUAUUUAGGAAGGGUGCGCCUGUUUCAACCAUCAUGGCCCAUCCUACUAAGGAUACACAUUGUACAGUCCUCGAUCUUGUCUUAGAGCGACCCAAUCUGAAUAUCCUUCUUUCGGCGUUAUUGGAUGCAUACCUUGCAGAGGAGGGAUCCUUUGCACAUGAACAACGCAGUAUUCUUAACACACCUCUCAUUUUGGGUAACACGGAUGGACUCACAAUAAUGUUGAACAAGCUCCAGGACAAGGCCUUGGGCCAUGGUGAAGUCACAAGAUUCUUCUUGGACAUUUCGGGCAACUUCGUCUUUAAAAGCACCACGAGACUUGAGUCUCUUAGUGCUAUUAUUAACCAGAGGGAUAUCUAUCAUCAGAACCGGACUCCUCUUUUUGUGGCAGCCGCACAGAACAAUACGACAGCGGCAAAUGCUCUACUCAUUCAUGGAGCUGAUGUCAACAUAACCGACGACAAAAAUUGCACGCCACUCUUUGUUGCAGUUGAGCAAGGUGCGAUAGAAGUUGUUGAGCUACUCAUCGGUCACGGUGCCAAUAUCGACGUGAUGAGUGCUUCAUCUCACGGACUCGUUGAUGUGGCUUUCGCACAGAAAUCGUGGAGAAUGGUCAACAUUCUUCUCAAGGCCGGAUUAUCAAGCAGGCAAAUAAACGUGGACGGAAGAAAUCUCCUCAGCCUCAUGACUUUAUGGACUUACCAACCAGGCACCAAACCCAAUAUUGGGCUCUUCAAGCGGCUCCUAGAUCAUGGUGUCGAUCUAUACGUAUGUGAUAAGUUCGGUUCUUCCGCUUCCCAUUAUCUUUUUACAAGACCUUGUCGGGGUUACUUGCUGUGCAUGUUGGACAUGAGACUCGAUCUACAAGUGGAAAAGCUCAGCAGCUGGCCUGACCAUUUCUUCUCUAAUGGAGUAGAUGCCUUGGUUGAUAUAACCUACAGCCUUCGUUAUGUCAAACCUUCAAUCAAAAUUGAGGGUGUCCGCCAUCUAUGUGGCCUGGGAACCCCCGGUACUCAUAGUUUGUUAUGUCGAGCAGCCUGCUGGGGUUCGGUCACAGCGAUUCAGAACCUCAUCAAGCUUGGGAUUAGUGAUCUCGAACACCAUUGUCGUGAACACGGAUCGCCCCUAAAUGCUGCCAUUCAAAACCACAGAUGGGAGGCAGUCAGGUUUCUUGUGCUUCAUGGCGCCAAGGUGCCUGAAGAUCUUUGGAAACCCAAGAAUUCUGCCCUCAGUACUGCAAACCCAGGUUUUGUUGUUCGAGAGUGGCUAUUUUUUGGCAGGCACACAGAGCGAAAGCGAAUUUCUCUUGGCCUCUUGAACGGUGAGCCGGAGAUGAAAUACUGGUCUGGAGUAUGGGCUGUUCGGGUUCCAUUGCAAUGGCGAGAUAGGAAGUGUUCUGUGGAGAGCACCUUGGAAUACGCAAAACGAAGGCAUUGGCUUGAGAUUGAGUACAUGUCAAGUGCUAUUCGAGAUACUCAACUGGUCCGACCAAAAGAAAGAUGUGGGAGCAUAUCGAGGGUUGAACAGCAGGGCUAUUGCUGGGGAGUGUGA